UCCCAUUACCAAUGGAGAAAAGUUUGAUAUUGGCCUUGAUUCUGGUUCUCGCCACCGCCGUGGCGGUGGUUCCAUGCCGAGGCUAUUACUCCGGUUCCAAGCCAUAUGUUCCGGCUCCGAAGAAAGUAACCCAUCUCCACUUCUUUUUACAGGACACCAUGGGCGGCAAAAACCCUAGUGCAGUCAUAGUAGCCCGUCCGAACAUGACAACCGCCUCCAACGACACCUUCGGCUUCUUGGUAGCGACCGAUGAUCUGCUCACUGUCGGUCCCGACGUAACGUCAGGUGUCAUCGGGAACGCUCAAGGCCUCUGGGCGUCGACUGACCGAAACGGUUCGUGUCUUACGGUCUUCAUGGACUUCGGGUUUACGGUAGGUAAAUUCAAUGGCAGCUCCAUCAGUAUAUUCUCGAGGAACCAGGUUAGCCAAAUGGAGCGCGAACUCGCGGUGGUCGGAGGGAGGGCAAAGUUCAGAAUGGCGCAGGGGUACGCUAAGCUUAAGACUUACUACGCGAAUUUCACUACCGGCGACGCCAUUAUUGAGUAUAAGGUGACUGUGAUCCAUUAGCAAGAUGACAACUUGCCUAAUC